ACAGUGAAUGUGCCUAUAGCUAAGGAAGAUCCAAAUAAUUAUCUUUAUUCUAAAGAUAAACUUGUUGUUAUAAAAGAAAAAUUUUAUGAUAUUCUUUAUAGUAUACAUAGAACACAACAACAUAGUGGUCAAUAA